CAUAAGGAAACUGAACCAACGGAACAGAUCUAGCUAGACUAACAUGGCGUCCAAGUCCAAGUGUAGUCUCCUCCUCUUGGCCACCGUCCUGGCCUCUGUUCUUGCCGCCGCCGCCGCUGAUUCCUGCUUCACAGGAACGGGUAUUCCGAGAAGUCUGCUGCAAAAGUGCCGUAACUAUGUGGAAGAACAAACCUGUGGCGUCAUAGUCAGCCAUCCUGGGUUUCUUCCUGGAAUUAGACUUGAGCCGUACUUCCUGAAGGAGCGGUGCUGCUGGGAGCUUGCGAACAUUUCACAGAACUGCCGAUGCGAGGCGUUGCGCUACUUCAUGGGAACGACGCCAAUUCCUGAUGCAGUCAGCUUGAAGGACCAUCCCGGAUGCCCAAAGGAUGCGCAGAUAAACUUUGUCAAGAUACUCGUCACGCCAGGGCAGUGCAACUUGGCGACCAUCAAUAACAUUCGGUACUGCCUUAAUAUGGACAAGUCUCAAUACUAG